AUGCCUCCAGGGAAGAGACACGGGAGCGCGCCGCCGCCGGUGCGCGGCGCGGACCGCAUCGGCGCGCUGCCCGACCCCAUCCUGCAGCACGUCCUCUCCUUCCUCCCGGCGCAGGCGGCCGUGCGGACGUGCGUGCUGGCCCGGCGCUGGCGCCACCUCUGGAGAUCCACCAGGGGCCUGCGCGUCGUGGGCCUCGACGGCGCGGACGCCGUCCAGGGCCUCCGCAAGUUCAUGGACCACCUGCUGGUCCUGCGCGACCGCGCCGCCGACCUGGACGCCGUCGAGAUCAGGUUCGACCGGUUCUCGGUGGCCGACGACGAGGCCUACGUGAACCUCUGGACCCGCUUCGCCGUCAUGAGCAGGGUCCGCGAGCUCACCGUCCACAUCGGCGCCUCCUCGUACCUCGACCUAGACAACCUGCCUCUCGUCUCCCAGCACCUGCGAGUCAUGAACCUCGACGGCCUAAGCCUGCAGCAGAAAUUUCUUGAUCUAGCAGGCUGCCCGGCGCUGGAGGUUCUGAAUAUGCAGCAUUGCGACAUCAGUGUUGGUAGGAUAUCCUCCCGUUCCCUGAAGCAUUUGAGCCUCAGAAGCUGCCGCUCCAACUCGAAUUGCUGGGUCCAUGUUUCUACCCCGGGCCUCGUCUCCCUGGUGCUGGUUAGAUUUGGGGGCACAACCCCUUUUCUUGAGAACAUGGCGCUGCUAGAGACUGCGCGUCUUGAUCUUAGCGAUGACUUCGAUGUCUGUUUCGAUUACGACUCCGAUGAGAAUUCUGUUCCUUUCAAUAAAGAUGACAGUGGCGAUUCCGUGCUCCUGGGUGCUCUCUCAGGUGCCAAACAUCUUGAGCUGGUAUCUGCAUUUCAAAAUUUCGUUUUCAGAAGAGAUUUGAGACAGUGCCCUACAUUCAGCAAGUUAAAGACUUUAUUACUCAAUGAGGACUGGUCUGAGGCUCCUGACUUGGAUGCACUAGCUUGUGUUCUGAAACACUCACCAGUUCUAGAGAAGCUCACUCUUCAGCUCUUUACCAACAAGGGACCAAAACAAGAAAUGAAAAUGAAAGGAAGCUACAGUUCAGCGGAGAGGUCGGCUGCAAUAUCAGAGCACCUUAAAAUAGUUGAAGUCCAGUGCAAUGUGGUCAAUCAGGGAGUUUUCAAAGUUUUGAAGUUCCUCUGUGCAUUUAAUAUACGUAAGCACUUUCCAUACUCUUUAUGUUCUGAAAUUAGCUUUCGUAUGUGGGAACGAAUCUGUGAAAGCAAGCAGUGA